UUAGGAUGGCUGUUGAUGGAAGAUAUAUUUUCAUAGUUUUUGACGUUCUUAUAGCUAUAGGUUGUUGUCUGGGCAAUCUGCUGGUGAUAUGGGCCGUGUGGAAGAGCGGAGCCCUAAAUCAACCCACUUUCUGUUUGAUCGUAUCACUGGCGAUGGCAGAUUUUUUGGUUGGAUGUGUGGUUGUCCCGCUUUCUGUAGUCGAGGUGCUCAACAUUGAAAUGUCUUUCCAUGCGUGUCUCUUUAUAAAUUGCGUUCUCAUUGUACCGCUUCAAGCCUCAUUGCUCACCCUCCUGGCUAUUGCUUUGGAUCGAUACCUGAGAGUUUGUAUUCCCUUCAGGUAUAAGUCAACAGUAACUAAAAGACGCUCUUGGGUUCUCGCUGCUGUGUGCUGGAUGUUGGCGUGUCUGCUCGGCUUCUUACCAAUGUAUGGAUGGAACAAACCUCACACUUUGAAACGUCACAACUCCACCUUAAACUGUGAAUUUACAGCCGUCAUUUCCUUUUCAUAUCUGGUCAACUUUAUUUUCUUUGGUACUUUUAUUCCUCUGUUGGCCAUCAUGGUUGCUUUGUAUUGUUACAUCUUUUUUAAAGUUAGAAGGCUGAAGGGAAAGACGGGUAUUGCUGAAUCCGGUGCAUAUAACCAUAAGGAACACAACCUGGCCGGAUCACUGGUUUUGGUUUUGGCUCUGUGUGUUGCAUGCUGGCUCCCAUUACACAUCAUGCACGCCAUUCAUUUCUAUUUCCAAAGUAUACGAGUGCCUUCUGAUGUCAUUUAUUUUGGUGUCGUAGUAUCUCAUGCUAACUCAGUUGUCAAUCCAGUUGUAUACGCCCUGAAGAUACCUAAGAUUAAGGCGGAGUUCAGAAAGGUUUGGAGAAGCCUGAUUGGCCCACAGCAGCAGACUACAGAGUCAUUGGAUUUAUAAAGUUACAGUGAAAAUCAAUCAGGUUCAGUGGUGUCAAUUCAACUGAUUGUGUUCUAAGUGCAAAAUUUAAAGGGCACCUAUUAUGCAAAAAAUUACUUUUACAAUGUGUUUGGACAUAAAUGUGUGUUGGCAAUGAACACAAAAACCCUACAAUGAAAAAAAAUGUAUCCCCAUGAAACCAGAGCAGUCCCAUCAGAUAUGCUGUUUUGAUCUCUUGUUGUUAAUGUGAUGUCAUACUGAUAAAGCCCCGCCCACAGCCACUGACUGACUGGUUAAUAUUUACCAAAAGCUUUUGUAAAUGUGUUUGUUAGCAUGUUGUAGCGCUAAUGUGGCUAAAUAUAUUAUUGUCUCAGACUGUAUUCACAGGAAUCACAUCUGUUUUUAUCCAAAAUCACUCACUGUCUCUUUUUGUAAGGAAAUGAGAAGCAGUAGCUCAUUUGCAUUUAAAGGUACACACUUGAAAACAGCACGUUUUGGCUUCCACCCAAACAGGGACAUUCUUGUCUUCAAAUCUCUUGUUUAUUUUUAUGCUUGUAUUAAGUUUGUCUGGGUUGUAUUAUUAGUUGUAAUGAUUAUUGCUGUUAAUGUUGAUUAUUUCAUUGUACGUUGUCCUUGAGUGUCUAGUAAGGCGGCAUAUAAAUAAAAUGUAUAAUAAUAAUAAUAAUAAUAAUAAUAAAUCCAAAAAUGUACAUUCUGUUGCUAUUUACAAACCAAUAUGUCAUUUUAAAUAUGUUAGACAAUGUUUUAUCUAUCAGAAGUUCUCUGA